GUUAAUUUGCUUGCUCGGUUGCUCGGCCCUUGUGAUGGUACUUCCAACAUUGUACACUCUGCGUACGCUCCUGCUUCUAACUGCUGCAGUCCUUCUGUCGUACGCCGGCAAGCCUGCGAGCGGCAUGAGGAUAUCUGUAGUCACGGGAGCAAAUAAAGGGAUUGGUCUCGCCAUCGCCAAGAAGCUCGCGGGUGCCCCCGGGCACUUGUGCGUCCUGACCUCCCGCACGCCAGCCCUCGGCCAGAAGGCGGUGGACGACCUCAAGGAGGAGGGGCUGGAGUCGGUGGUCUACAAGCAGCUGGACAUCGGAGACCCGGCCUCCGUUGAGCGCUUCGCCUCGGAGUUGGAGCAGGAGUUCGGGAGGUGCGACGUCCUCGUCAACAACGCUGGGAUCGCCUUCAAGGGUUCAGAUCCAACCCCGUUCAAGGAUCAAGCGGAGCCGACGCUGAAGACGAACUUUUUCGACACCGCUGCGUUCACGGAGAAAAUGCUCCCGCUCGUGAGAAAGAGCGACGCCGGCCGAGUCGUUAACGUUGCCAGCAUGGCCGGCCACCUGUCCAUCCUGGGGAGUCAGGACCGAAGGAAUGCCUUCACCAACCCCGCUCUCACGAAGGAAAGGUUGUCUGCCAUGAUGGCGCAGUUCGUCGGCGACGUUAAGGCCGGCCGGCACCAGGGCGGCGGGUGGCCCAACACCUGCUACGGCAUGAGCAAGCUUGGCGUCAUCGCCUACACCAAGGUUGCUGCGAGAGUCGAGCGAGAGGCGGGCUCAACCGUGACAAUAAAUGCGUGCUGCCCAGGAUACUGCGACACCGACAUGACGUCGCACCGUGGAACGCUGACCCCCGAGGAGGGGGCCCGAACACCCUUCAUGCUCACGCAGAUGAAGAGCGUCGACGAGGGGGGGCUGACGGGGGAGUUCUUUCGCAAAGAGGCCCUGGCGGAGUGGUAAAAGAGAUCUGGCGGAGUGGUAUGUGUAGU